UGGUGACAUGACCUCGCGUACGUACAUGUGUGACCUGUAUUUCCCGUGGUUGGCUGCUCAAAACUAAACAAAACCAGACCAUUAUUCUUUUCCAUCUGUAUCAAGGGUUAUGUCGGAAACCGAAACAGACGGCUACAGCAGAGAAAAGGGUUUUUUCAAAAUACCAUGUAGUCGGACAGCCUUCAUGACAGGUGUUGGAAGUGGUCUUGUUAUUGGACUAGCACAUUUCAUGUUUACAAGUCGUGUCAAGAGGUCAGCCGAUGUUAGUGUAUUGUCAUUCGGAUUCAUUACACUUGGAGCAUGGUGUGUCUGUCGGUAUGAUAGAGCCAGAAAAAGACUACAGCAGAAGAAAAUUAAAGAAAACUUACAACAUGGAAUUAAACUUGAGAAAGUAAACAAUGUUACAGUAGUGGAUAGUGAAAGUGGUUCAACGUGAUAUUUAUAGACAGUACAGAUCAGCGAGAUAUGGGACAUUUGGUUUAAAUAAACCUGCAUGUAAUUGUUGCUCUGAAAGAAGAGUUCUAGGAUGUAUUGAUUGAAAAAUGUGACUACUAAGUUCAAAACUCUGGAGGAAUUGAAGUGCUACACUGUUUGUUACAAUGUACACUGUUUGGUUUCUAACAGAUGAGGCUCAGAAUAAAAAAAUAAAAAUGUUUCUGGUCAUUUUUUAAACUCAAUGUGUGUCAUAAAAAUUUAAAUAAAAUGCUGAAAACAAUUCACACGUUUUUAACUGAUGCACAUAAUGAUCAGAAACCUGAAUAUUUUGUUCCGGGCUUAAUUCACAUACUUCAUCAAUUGUCUCCAAUCAUAAUGACCAUUACUCAGCUGUAUAUACUGGUGUUUAGCUGCCAACAAAAGCAAUCACGUACCACCAUUGUACUGUACCCAGCAAAUGUUGAUAAUUUGUAACAAGCCAUUAUUGACAAGUGACCAUACUGCAGGAGAUUUUAACUAGUUUUCCCAAUCUCUUGUUAGCAGCAAUGAUGUUGGUCAGAUUAUUAAAUUGCUAAAACUGGAUAUUGGACAAAACCACAAAAUUGAUGUAGGUGUAUUGCUGUUGAUGUACCAUCCAGCUUUGAACAUAAAGAUUACAUGAACAAUGUCAAUAAAGAAAAUGUAGCCAAUUGGUCAUAUUGGAUCAGCUUGAAUAAAUAAGAGAUACUGCAAAC